CUCUAUCUCCAACUCUACCCCUUCACCACCUAUUUCUCCCAUGGCAGAACCAGAUUUAGAAGAAUAUAAAGCUCUCACUUCAACCCUUCUGUCCUUCUAUCAUUACGGAAGAUGGGCCCAUAAUGAAUUGAUCUCUCCUCGUAGAGUUAAAAUCUCUUCAUUAACUGAACAAGAUUUAAAACUUAUCCCCUGGUACCCUAAACAUAUCGAUGAUUUGGAACAAUGUCUCAGAAUGAAUGAGGAUUUCACCAGGACAUUGGCCCUCACUAUAGCGCAAGAUUGGGGGGCUCCAACCGAUCCUUCUCAAUGGGCAAGUUGUACCCCACAAGAUUUCGAAAAAGUUCGAUCUAUUCUUUUACAAUUAUCAAGAGAAUGGAGUGAUGAUGGUGAGGUGGAAAGACAGAUAUCCUUUACGAAAAUCAUCGAUCAAGUAUGUAAGCUCUACCCUGACUUACCAACAAGACAAAAGUGCAAGAUCUUGGUUCCUGGAUGUGGCACUGGUAGACUUGUGUUUGAACUUGUCAAGCAAGGGUUUUGGUGUCAGGGUAAUGAAUUCAGUUAUCAUAUGCUCCUUGCAUCCAAUUACGUGUUGAACCAUUCCUUUGUUGCCCAUAACCAUUCGAUUUUCCCCUUCAUUCACAAGUUUUCUCACUUGACCAAACGGGUCAACCAAUUGAGACCCAUCACCAUCCCCAACAUCAACCCGGGUGAAAUAGCUCAACUUGAGCAGUCCAUGCCGGAGAUCCCGUACUGUGAACUCAUGUCCAUGGCUGCGGGGUCCUUUGUAGAUUUGUACGGCCCGGAGAAUAUGGGUGAAGUGUCCGAUACCUAUUCAGAAGAUGCGCAGGCAAAUGAGUUCCGGACGGAAAAUGCUGCUUAUUUUGACGUUGUGGUGACGUGUUUCUUUCUUGACACUUCGUUGAACAUUAUUGACUACAUCAAGACCAUCUCCCAUUCACUCAAACCAGGCGCCGUAUGGAUCAAUUUCGGGCCCCUUCUCUGGCAUUUUGAAGAUGAUGGCAACAUGUCGUACAUCAAGAGAUUGUCCGCAGAUGGGAAGCGAGACAUUGUCCCCACGGCACGCAAGGGACUAGAACUAUCGCGGGACGAUCUUUUGUCACUUGUGGAGAAGAUGGGGUUUGUUUUCGAAAAGCAUGAGAGUGGAAUCUCGACCCCUUAUUGCUCUGAUCCCAGACUGUUAGGCGGCUUUGAGUAUAAAUGUGAGUUCUGGGUUGCCAGAAAGACAUAAUCUCUCCGUUUGGUCAUCCAAUCCUCCCCCAAUUCUGCAAUAUAUAGCUAGACUCAACCCGCUGUAGAAUACACGUGUUAAAACUACAUCAGAGUUGCAC